UUUACUUUAGGCUCUAUUGACUGCACACUUACGUUCUCUCACCCAGCUUGGUACUGGGACAACCUACUGAAAAUCUGUGUAUUCAUCUUUGCCUUCAUCAUGCCAGUCCUGAUCAUUACCGUGUGCUAUGGGUUGAUGAUUUUACGCCUGAAGAGUGUCCGUAUGCUGUCUGGCUCCAAAGAGAAGGAUAGGAACCUGAGGAGAAUCACGAGAAUGGUCCUUGUAGUGGUGGCGGUGUUCAUUGUCUGCUGGACUCCCAUCCACAUUUAUGUCAUCAUUAAAGCCUUGAUCAAUAUUCCAGAAACUACAUUCCAAACAGUCUCCUGGCACUUCUGUAUCGCUUUAGGGUACACAAAUAGCUGCCUUAAUCCAGUCCUUUAUGCAUUUCUAGAUGAAAACUUCAAAAGAUGUUUCAGAGAAUUCUGCAUUCCCACUUCCUCCACUAUUGAGCAGCAAAACUCCACCCGCAUCCGACAAAACACUCGUGAUCAUGCCUCCACUGCCAGUACUGUGGAUAGGACUAAACAGCAGGUAUGACUAGCAGUGGAGAUGUCAUCUCUGGAUUCAGGUCUCCCUCCUGGAGAUGACAUGUAUUCUGAAGUUACAGUCUUUACUGAUGUAUAGCUAUCAGGAAGUAGCUUGGUUUAUCUUUAAAGCUGGUAUAUGCACGUACACACAGCCCCGGGCUGUGAGAAGCUAAAAGUGCUCACAGUUUCCAUUGAAAUUUGGCAGUAGAGGGCUUUCAGAUAUACCUUGCAUGAUGAGGCCUAGUGUGUUCAUGUGGUUAUGUACACACACACACACACACACACACACACACACACACACACACACUCUGUACACCAGAGAAAGGAGCCUAAUGGUCUUAACGGCAUGUUUGCAGCUUCUGAACAUUCUGUAACUUGUGACUGAUCAUAGACUUUUCUAUUGACACCACUAGCAUACGGUGGAAAGCCAAACUGAUACCCCAUAUCCCCUCCCAUUUUAAAGGUGAUUUCACGUUUUUUGUUUCUUUAUGGUCUAUGAAGAAGUUCUUAAAGGCCCUGUUUUUCCUGGGAGACUAUACAAACCUUGGUCCAGUCUACACUUUGUUUUUGUACUAGUAUAACCAACUAUGUUCGUUAGAGGUAUGAUUUAUUUGUAAUCAAUAUACUGUAAUACUAGUUCCAUCCCUAGUGUGGGCACAGUUAUGCUCUUCCCAUGGAGGCCCUUGUAAUCCCUUCCCAUAGAGGAAUAAACUAUUACUAUGCAUGCCAAAUUAAUGCCAAUAUAACUGCAUCCAUACUAGACAGGGAGGGGUUUCUUUGCCACUUCAGCUAUACUGAUAUAAUUAAACUUUUGUGUGCAGACAAGCCUUAGAGAACUAGUAGGUUUAUUUAUCACAGAUCCCAAUAAAAUCAAAUGAUUUAUUGAGAGGGGAAGAGACUUUUAUUUAAGCUGUUUAAAACACUUAGGUUUGCUUUGUCAUUUUUUUAUUGAUAUGUAUUUAAUUCAAUUUUCAAACUGCUUAAAAAGUUCUUUUGUUAGUUAUUUAACAUCCAUGCCCCUUAAUUAAGUCUGAUUACUUCUAUUCCCCAUGAGUCUUCCCAGGGAAAUACCAAACUAAAUGGGAAAAGAAAAUUAUAACAUUCCUGUUGUUAAAGAAACAAAGCAGAAAAAUAAAUCUUUAUCAAGAUACCAUGACACUUGAUUAUCUUUAAAAAAUAGCUGCUGCAAUUGCAGGCAUUUUUAUAAGUAUUAAAUUAACUAAAUACUCAGAACAAGAUACAUGUUCAUUAGUCUAUGGAAAAAGUACGCAAAAUAUGAAAACUUGAAAGUAGUUUAUCAGAUCUAUGAAAGUAAGAGAUUGGCCUAAGCCCAACAGUCAUUUUUGGAUGCAAAUUUCCCCAAAGCAUAGGAUUAUUCAGAGCUGAGGAUUAUGGUCCAUUUCUACUUAAGUAGCUGCUAAUGGACUUUCCACCAUAGAUUUGUGGGCAGAUCUGAAAUAAAGCUUGUGAAAUGUUGACACUGCUAAACCUCUGCUAAACUCAAGUUCAGGUUUGACAGAUCCUAUCUUAUUCUAAACCAUGGAAGACACCUCCUUACUGAAAUAAUAGUUAAGAGUUCCCCUCCUGUCUUUGAGUUGGGUGAUCUCUGAAGCACUUUCUCUUCCUUUGUGGCAGGUGCAGGGAGAGCUUUCCCUCUCCUGUUUCAAUAUGCUUUAGCCAGUGGUCUACAUCUAAUUAGGAGCUCUACUUUUUGAGCAGCAGACAUUUCACUUGCAAAGGUUUCACCUUGAUUUCAACACUGAAAAAUACAGCUCAUUAUCAGGGCAUAGGAACGGGCAAUGGCUUUCCAGGAGGGAAAAGAAAAGCUGGCAGGUUUUGCUGUUUAAAUUGUUGAACAUGCUCUGCUGCUCAGGUGCCACCCUGAUCACAAAAAAGAAAACUCUGUAUAUCUAUCAUACCUCUAUGGUUGCAUUGUGUGUGUGUGUGGGGGGGGGGGAGAUUUAACUCGUCUUUUCAGUAUCAUACUGAACUGUGAACUUACCACAGAGGAACUUUUAAAAAGUUAAAACUCCUAAUGUGGCAGACAGGGUGAUGAUUGUGUUUGGCACAAUAGGAAGCAAAAAUCUUAGAAGAAGAUACUCAUGUGUCUUAGAGCAGUGACUUUGAAACUUUCCAGACGUCUACGUCCCUUUCAAGAGGUUGAUUUGUCUUAUUAUUUUUCACUUGUAAGCCUUGACUAAAGCCAGAGCAUUGGGUGGCACGGAUGAAGCCCAAGUCCCACUGCUGUCUGGGGUUGAAGCAUGUAUCUUACCUUUGUGUGAGGGCCUGGGCAAUUGGCUGGCUUGCCACCCCUUAAUGCUGGCCCUGCAUUUGCAACCCCUUUUAACCCAUCCCAUGGUUCUCUUGGGAGUCUCAACGCCCAGGUUGAGAAAUGCUGAUUUAGAGGAGUUGUGUAGCCUGGCUGAAAACCACUGUCUUAGAGAACACUAACUUUUCAGCAAUGGCUGCAGAAAGUGCACUCAGAGGACUGAAGAUCUGUAUGAAUGACAUUUAUACAGGAUUCUCCCUGCAGAAAGAAAACUCCCAUUAUUAUGUGCUUGGCGUGUAAUGCCAAACAUGGCAGGCUAGCUAUGACAUAGCAAAUACAUGUCUCUGUUUUAAAUCCUCUGAUGUAAGCAUAUGGCUACGUCUAGAC